UGUAAAUGGGACCAAUGGCCCUGAAAAAUACAGACAGCCAAAAUGGGAAAAUUAUUAAAUUAGCUUAUUAAUAGCUGUACUGUGUGAACCUCUAAAAUGUGAUGUAAUGGUGUAAGGGACCGAUAGAUUAAUGAAGGCAGUUAUUUGGAGUACUGCAGCUCAAUAUUCUGUAGAUUAUUUCAAACUGCUCAUUUAUUCAAUAUCUAAUGAUCUAUAAUAUUGUUCAAUAUCUUUAUUGCUCAAACUGAUUACUCUAUUCCUGGUUACUCAGCAGAUGGUUAAAAAAAAUCUCAAUUGCUUUUUAUAUGUGAUUAGCUCUAUACCACACAAGCCCUGGCCCCUUAUGUUGCAUCACCAGUUAGGCAAUAAAAAAUGUGAACCCUGAUCAUGCAGAUGACUGUCAUUACUCCUGAACUUCUGAAAGAUGAAGAUCAAAAUCACGAAGAAGACAAUUUUGAAGUUUUUUGGAAUACUGCUGUUAAUCCUUGUACUUUCAGUUUUAAUUUUAUUUGCUGUUGUGAUUGGUAGGACAUUUACAUAUAAAGAGAACACAGAACUUGAACAAUGGCAAAAUACAACCACAAUUUAUCCCGGUUUAAGUCUAGAACAGAAAAAGCAGCUGCUGGAAAAUUUUAAAGUGGCAGUUCAGAUUCCCACAGUGUCAUUUUCAGAGUCAGAGCAGAACAUAAGCGCCCUGCAAGAGUUUGACCUGCUACUGAGGAGGGUCUUCCCUAAGAUCUUUUCAUCCAGCUUGGUCCAACAUGAGAUGGUGGGAAACUACAGCCACCUGUUGACGGUAUCAGGAAGCGAGCCUGAUCUGGAGCCCUACAUGCUGCUGGCACACAUUGAUGUUGUGCCGGCCGAUGAGGCGGAUGGAUGGGAUGCUCCUCCUUUCUCUGCUCAAGAGCUCAAUGGCUUCAUUUAUGGACGAGGAACCAUUGACAAUAAACAGUCUGUGAUGGGGAUCCUUCAGGCGUUGGAAUACCUGCUGGAACGAGGUUACACUCCUCGGAGAAGCUUCUACAUUGGCUUGGGUCACGAUGAGGAGAUCAGUGGCCCACAAGGUGCUGUGAUUAUUGUGAAGCUCCUGAAGAGUCGUGGGGUGAAGCUUCUGUAUGUUUUAGAUGAAGGCCUCACGAUUGUGGAUGGUGUGGUAGAUGGCCUGAUUGGACCUGCUGCCCUAAUUGGUGUAAGUGAGAAAGGUAAGGCCACAGUAAAGCUGAGUGCCAGUACUCCUCCGGGACAUUCAUCCAUGCCACCUAGAGAGAGUAGCAUUGGCAUCUUGGCUUCAGCAGUUACAAGGUUGGAGAAGAACCGGUUGCCCAAUCUUUUUGGUCAUGGUCCAGAGCGUGCCACAUUUGAGCAUCUGGCACAUAAGUUUGGCUGGCCAUACAGAAUGGUAAUGUCUAAUCUGUGGCUCUUCUCUUCGCUGCUCAGCGGUGUUUUGGAAGGACAGCCUGACACAAAUGCAUUUGUGAGGACAACAACUGCCGUCACAAUGUUUAACUCUGGUGUUAAGAUUAAUGUAAUGCCAGCAUAUGCUGAGGCCUUUGUCGAUUUCCGCAUUCACUAUUCCCAGACACUGCAUGAGGAAAUGCCAGUGCUUGAAAGUGACAUCAGCUCAUAUGAUGAGGAUACAUUCGGGUACCAGAUCAUAAAGAAAACAGUGCAUGACAUUUUUCCUCAGGUCACUGUAUCUCCUGGUAUCUGCGUGGGCAACACUGACAGUCGUCACUACACAGAACUGUCUCCGGACAUUUAUCGUUUUGCCCCAUCAUGGUACAAACCUGGUGAUUCUGCAAGAUUCCAUGGUGUGAAUGAGAGAAUCUCCAUCCAGAACUACGAAGAGAUUGUGCUGUUCUACUUUCAACUCAUGCAGAACAGUGACAUCAGAAACUUGCCGGCACCUCGCAUCUAA